AUGGAGCAAAUAGGCGUACCAACGGUUAAAGUAAUGGCGGAAGGAGGUCAAGGUUUUUUUAAAAUAUGUAUAACUAUUCUCCCAGAGAACUAUUCACUCGAUUUGGACAAAGGCUUAGAAAAUACUGAAUUAAUUCAAGAGGAAGGGGAAGGAAAUGAUCAAGUGGAAAUCAAAAGUCAAAGAAGUCUCCAUGUUAAUGGAGGGUCCAUCGGAAAGAAAGGAAAAUUGACAAGUGUAAAUCGACUAAUAAUGCUUUGCAUUGUACCUCAAGUUUUUUUUGUUGUUGUCUACUUUUCUUUACCCGCCAACUUUCCUGUGAGGCAUCGUUCUGUGGAUAUUCCCACUUCCAAGUCAAAAGAAGCUAGAGAUUGCCCGCAUGGUUACUGA